CCUCGCCAGUCCUGCACUGUGGUUCUCCGUACUACAAGGGUAAAUAUGUCGAGAAAACAAGCCUGGUGGGCAACAUCUGCACCAUGACUCGACACGUGGUAAAUCUCAUGCUGCGAUAACUUCAGCUCGGUGUUUGUUGACGCCUUUAUUCGGCCCCGAUUGCUCUCCAAGAAAGAUGGCAUCCUUGUAACCCCACUCUCAAACAAUCCACCACCCAGCCAAAGUCUUCCCACGGUUUUUUAGCCUUCUUAAAGGAAUGAGAUCAUUGUUCCUUCCUUACAAGAAACCUUCUGGGAGAACUGUCUUUAUUUAUAUAUAUCUUCCUAACACAUCCUUCCUUUAAAUUAAGCGAGAAUUCUGAUCAGCAGAAGAGGGAGGUGGAGAAAAGAUGGGGAGGGGGAAGGUGGAGCUGAAAAGGAUUGAGAACAAGAUAAACAGGCAGGUUACCUUUGCAAAGCGACGGAACGGAUUGCUGAAGAAGGCUAACGAGCUCUCUGUCCUCUGCGACGCCGAGGUCGCCCUCAUCAUCUUCUCCAGCAGCGGCCGCCGCUUCGAGUUCUGCAGCUGCUCCAGCGUGCUUAAGACAAUCGAGAGGUACCAAACAUACAACUAUGCUGCAUCAGAAGUUGUUGCCCCACCAAGCGAGACACAGCAGAACACUUAUCAGGAAUAUGCGAAGCUGAAGGCAAGAGUUGAGUUUCUGCAACGUUCGCAUAGAAAUCUCCUAGGUGAGGACUUGGACCCAUUAAGUACAAAUGAACUUGAGCAACUUGAGAAUCAAGUAGAGAAGUCUUUAAAGCAGAUCAGUUCAGCAAAGACGCAUUUAAUGCUUGAUCAACUUUAUGAUCUUAAGAGAAAGGAACAAGUGUUGCAAGAAGUAAAUAGAGAACUAAAAAGAAAGUUACAAGAAGCCAUUCCAUAUAAUCCCCUCCAGUGGUCAUGGAUAAAUGGUGGUGGCAAUGGUGCUGGUGGUGCAUCCGAUGGCCCUUGUAAUCACGAGUCUGCUCUAUCAGAGGAAUUCUUCCAGCCAUUGGCAUGCCACCCUCUACAAGUACCAUGCCAUGCACAUAGACCAGUCAAACAAAGGAGAUAUGACACACAAUUAUAAUAGCUACUUUCCUGAAUGGAUGUGAUAAGUUCCAAGCUUCAUUAGGUAUAUAUCUGCAACUAUAAGAACCCAAUCUGGUGUGGGAUUCUUUUUCCCCACUUACAACGUUGUCUAUUGUAAGUUGAUCCUACUUUAUCCAUAAGUAAAUAAGGAUGCAACAAAGAGAAUGCUUAUGCUUAUUUAUUAGUCCUUGCAACUUAUGGUGACAUCAUCAAAAUAUAAUGAGCUGAAUGUAUAGCGUCAUGUUUGUCUGUUAUAUGUCAUGCAAAGUCUUGUCAUGAGAAGGCGAUGAUUAGAAUUUAUGAAGCCAACAUGAUUCAUACCUUCAUUACAACAUGAUACCAGGUUGUACAUAAAAAUAAUAUUUUGAGAUGCUGAUAAAUGUUUUUGCUUGUGAUG